GAUUGUUUACCGCUUUCAUUUCCCCUCUAUACGUUCAGGGCAGUUGACCAGGAAGGACCUGGUAACGUUAGUGUAUUUGACAUCGGCUGUGUGUGCUGCCAGUCGUCAGAGAAGCAUGGCGGCCGAACCCGAACCUGAGGCUGAACGGAAACAGGACUCGACUAUCUUCAGGCGUGGACGGCGUCUGCCGGUCUCCUUAGUUUAGAACGACUACUUUGUUGUCCCCGGUAAAAACAGAUUCACACCUUUUAAACUAAUUCAAUGCCAUUGCUAUGUUUUCCCACAGUGGGGAAACACGGUACAACAGGGAAAAGCUGCUGCAAGGUCAAGGCGUGGACACUCCCCUGUCAGAGACGGGUGCGCAGCAGGGCGAAGCAGCGGGACGAUACCUCAAAGACAUCACGUUCAACCGCGUGUUUGCCAGUAACUUACAACGGGCUGUGCAGGCAGAUUCUUUCGUCACUUAUAAAUACAUCGAGUCAAGUAAUUUCCAGAUUACAUUUCCUCCCGCAGACAGCUGAAAUAAUUGUGAGGAACAACACUCACUGUUCUGGCAUGGAGAUGGUUUUGGAGCCAUUACUCAGAGAGAGGGGUUUCGGCGUCGCUGAGGGGCGUCCCAAAGAGGAUCUGAAGAACAUGGCCAACGCUGCCGGCCAGUCGUGUGGUGACUACACGCCGCCAGGAGGAGAGACUUUAGACCAGCUCUGGAUCAUGUCACCUUGCUUCCAGGUGAAGCUGCGAUUCAAAAAAUUCCUCAAAGUCCUUUUCAAGCAAAUGUUGGAGGAACGGGGCUCGUCAGGGCCGGAUGCCCCCGCGGGAGCAUCAGCAGCUGCCUCGGCCAUCGCUCCUGGUUCUUCGGCCGACGACGGUCUGCGGGGACUGUCGGUCCACGCUCUGGUCGUGAGCCACGGCGCCUACAUCCGCGUGGCCGUCAGGCACCUUGUAGAGGACCUGAAGUGCUCUCUGCCUCCAGGGGUGAAGAUGUCCCAGCUGUCUGCACCCUGCCCGAACACCGGCAUCAGCCGCUUCGUUCUCACUCUGAGCCGGUCCGAGUCCGGCCCCGUCCUCUCCGCUGCCCGAUGUGUUUUCACCAACAGAAAGGACCACCUGGAAAACCUCACAGCUGCCGAAUAGUGUAGAGGAAAAUAAAAAAAAAGCGUAGGUUUUGUGUGUGCAGUAUCUCUACUGUCCGUGCAGAUACAAAGUAUAUCUGACGUGUAAUGAAACAGUUGUGAACACUAAAGGGAAAUAAGGGGAAAAGACCUCAGAGUUACCACAGGUAACUGAAUACAACAAUGCACAGGGUAAAUGAUGUUUUCUUAAUAAUCAGUAGUGUGUUACUGUGGAUCAGUAGUCGAUAAUUGUGCAGUACUGUAUUAUCAAACGAUUUCAUCAUCCUUCCAACUAUAGGCCAGUAAGGACUCACGUGUCAUACUCCAUAUUUAAUAUGAUAUAUUUUAUUGCCUCUUUUCUCAUGUGAUACCAAAGUCACACCAUUUAUUUUAUUAUUGAACCCUGUCAGCGUGUGUGGCAUUUUUCAAGUUGAUGCGUCUCCUGUGUUGCAAUUGUGGAGCUGCUCAUUUUACCUGUGCAAUAUAAGAUGACAACACUGAA